AUGGACCCUGCCCAGCAGGUCGACGUCCGUUCCUUCUUCCCCUACACCCCCAACGAGGUCAAGCACCGCAAGCGCACCACCCGCUCCCAGCUCAAGGUCCUCGAGGAUGUCUACACCUACGACACCAAGCCCAACGCGUCCCUUCGCAAGAGCCUCGCCCAGGAGCUCGAGAUGACCCCUCGCGGUGUCCAGGUUUGGUUCCAGAACAGACGAGCCAAGACGAAGCAGCAGCUCAAGAAGAAGGAGGCUCAGACCGCCGCGGCCGCCAAGGGCGCAUCCGCCUCGACUGACACGCUCCCUGAACAGCCUGUAACCGCUGCUCUUGACGAUUGCGAUGAUGAACUCAAGGACGAGGACGCGCCCUCUCCGGCGCUUCCCGCGACUCCCCUCCCACCCCACGCAGCCGAGGACAGCAGGGGCCAGGACGCAGCGCAAGCUGCCCAUUCAGACGUCCCGCCCGUCUCGAGCGAGGAAGAGCUCAUCAAGCCAGCUACCGACAGUCGCAGAGGGUCUAUCGCACCACCCCUCCCGCCUCCGACAUGGGCGCCGUCCCCCUCUACCUCGGCCCCCGCCCUCCCUCAGCCUGCAACGACGCCUUCCUCUCUCAGCAGCCCGAGCCUGCCCGCGCACGCGCAUGCGCCCGUUCAUGUACGCAAUCCGUCCGCCCCGCCCCCUCCGAACGCGUACUCGCACUCCCACAUCGCUCCGGCCGACGUCUUCCACCGUCGUCCCUCGCUUCCGGGCACGAUCCUUGCUGGCACCGGGCACAUCAGCGGCGCCCUCCAGAAUCGCGGCUUUAGUCCCUCGGCGCGGAGAGGCUCCUCGGACAUGAGCCGCUACUCUAGCCAUCCGUACGCGCGCCAUGCCGUGACAGCGAGCGGUCAUGGUGGGAUCCCGGAGAACGAGGACGCGUGCCCGCCCCCUCAGCUCACCCGUCGGCCGUCCUCGUACACCGGCCAGGGCAUCCGUUCGGGCGUGCACAACCUCCAUCACGCGCACUCGUUCACCUUCAUGUCCUCGCAGGCACAGCAGCCCCCGACGCUCCCGACCCAGGCGCAGUACGACAUGUCGCCCAUCGCGAUGGCUGUCCACCACCCGCACAACUACGAUCUCUCUGUCUCGCGGCACUCGAUCGAUGGCUCUCCCCGCGGUCUCAUGCAGGCCCACGCCCACCUGGGCCACCUCGGGCCUGGACCGCUCGACAACGGCGCAGGGUUCAACAUGAGCAUGGGCAGUGUGGCGCCCCACGAGCAGCACCAGCCAGCGUACGCGAUCUCCCAGCGGUCGAUUGCGCCGCCGCCGCCCGGCCCGCUUCCGUCGCCCAACUACUCGUUCGGGAACCCGUUCGCGCCCCCGGCCAACUCAGCGUCCACGUCGUCGAGCAACUCGGCCAGCACGACGCCCCCACACGGGUCGUCGCCCCCGCUCUUGUCGUUGCCCAGGCGUCACAGCGAAGGCGGUUUCUCCGACGCGGACACGGAGGAGAGCAGCGCGGGCCGUUGUCGCGGUUUGGGAGCGUGGCGAGCGUGGGUGCGGGCAGCGAGCACGUCGGGGCCCUUCCUCGAGAUGUUCUCCGACCUCGACGUCAACAGCCGGAGUACGCCCGCGCCGCCGGUGGGCCACGAAUCACACCACCUCCAGCACGCGUCGUCGUCUUCGUCGUCGUCGCACUUGUCUCCGAUCCCCUAUCCUCAGCACCUCGCGCAAGGGCACUCUCCCGAUGCUCUUGGUUCCCAGUCCCCUCAAAUGCACUCGUCCCCAGACGCCGACGGGGGCUAUCCGUCGCCAUCUUCGACGAUCUCUGCGGGCAGUGGACACAGCCACCAGCACACCAUGAUGGCAGAUCACAACAGCCAGCAGCUCCAGCAUGGGAUGGGUCAGAGCCACAUGACCCACUCUCGUUCAAGCACCUCCAGCGAGCUCGCGUACGCGCUGCAGGCUGCGCCGGAGUACCCGUCGGCGACCUCGGCGAACGUGAAGCAAGAGAGCGCGUCGCACUUCCGGUACCCGCCAUAUGACCCGAACCCGGUGCCGCAGACCCAGGGCGAGAUGCACAACUACUACCCAGUCGAGCAAGCACACCCGGAGUACAUGAAGCAGCACGUCGCGCACUUCCCGACCGUGUACGAGGAGUGCGUGUACCCGCCGCCCGCGGAGGGCCACAUCUCGGGCGAGGGCACGGACGGCAUGGGCGGUGGAUACCCGACCGGCGCGAUCGAGCUCGGGCACAUGUGCGUGCCCGCGUCCGAGGGCGUGCACUUCAUGGGCGGGUACCUGCAGUACGCGUCGUGA